AUGGCCGACUUGUUUUCCUCUCCCAAUGAUGAUAUCGACUUCGACCGUGCCGCAUCUGCCUUCCCUGACAUUUCCCUGGACGGCGAGGGCGACAUCCCUGUAUCAGCACAGUUGGCUCCUGCACUCCCAGCAGGAAACUCUGGUUUCUCUUUCGACGACUUCAAUAGCCCGCCUCCCAUUUUUGCAAAGGAGACGCCAGUAAAGGUCACUGGUGACGAAGACAUUGAAAAGUUUGAGAGCGAGUUCCCUGACAUUGACGUUGGCCCAACUUCUCCACCUCUGCAACAAACGCCGACAUUCGGAGCAACGUUUGCGCCCCGUCCACAGCCGUCUGUAUUCUCCUCAACACCUAUCCUCACCCAAACCAUCGAGGAAGACGAACCGGAAGUGAUCAAGGAAUGGCGUGCGCGUCAAGCUGAAGAGAUCGCGGCUCGUGACGAAGCUUCCAAGGCCCGCCGUCAGGAGAUUAUCAGUCGAGCAGAGAGAGCCAUCGAUGAAUUUUACGAAAAGUACAACGCAAAGAAGGAGGAUACUAUUGCGGAGAACAAGGAGCAAGAGCAGGAGUAUCGCCAGUCUUUGACCGAGUCGCUGUCCAAGGGUACGACUUGGGACCGUAUCUGUGAUAUUAUUGAACUUCAAAACUCGCAAAGCAAGACCAUUGCAAGGGCUGGGCCUGGAACGACGGAUUUGACACGGUUCAAGGAAGUUCUGCUGAGAUUGAGGAGGGAGGGUGACGCUGCUCCUGGUGCUGGUGGCUACUAG